AUGAUUUCAUAUUUAUCUAUUGUUUCUUUUAUUCUUUUAAUAUCAUAUGUAAACGGAAUUUCAAAAACGAAGUAUAUGAAUUAUAUUACACCAGGUUUUAUUACAAAUGAGGUUAACAUAGGGUCAUAUUCAAAAAACAGAGGAAAAAAUAAGUUAUGUAGUUUAUAUAAUUAUGGAUAUAAUUCUACAAAAUCAUUAGAAUCUAAAAUUGAUGAAUUGCAUGAAAAGGUAAUAUGUAAAAAUAAAAAUGAACCAGAAUUUUUACAAGCAUUUGAAGAAGUGUUAUUAUGCUUGAAGCCAGUAUUUAAAAAAGAUAAUGUUUAUUUAGGGGUGUUAGAAAAUAUAGCAGAACCUGAGAGAGUAAUUCAAUUUCGUGUUCCUUGGGUAAAUGAUAAAGGUGAGCAUAAAGUGAAUAGAGGAUUUAGAGUUCAAUACAGUUCAGUUUUAGGACCAUAUAAAGGAGGAUUGAGAUUUCAUCCUACUGUUAAUUUAAGUGUUAUAAAAUUUUUAGGUUUUGAACAAAUUUUUAAGAAUAGCUUAACAACAUUACCAAUGGGAGGUGGAAAAGGAGGAUCUGAUUUUGAUCCAAAAGAAAAAUCAGAAAAUGAAAUUUUGAAUUUUUGUCAAUCAUUUAUGACCAAUUUAUUCAGACAUAUUGGCCCUAAUACUGAUGUUCCAGCAGGAGAUAUCGGAGUAGGUGGAAAAGAAAUUGGUUUUAUGUUUGGGCAAUAUAAAAAAUUAAAAAAUGCAUUUGAAGGAGUAUUAACAGGUAAGAAUAUAAAAUGGGGUGGAAGUAAUAUAAGAUCAGAAGCAACGGGAUAUGGUGUUGUUUAUUUUGCUGAAAAUGCAUUAAAAGAUUUAAAUGAUAAUUUAAGAAAUAAAAGAUGUGUGGUUAGUGGAAGUGGAAAUGUUGCUCAAUAUUUGGUAGAGAAAUUAAUUGAAAAAGGAGCUAUUGUAUUAACAAUGAGUGAUAGUAAUGGAUAUGUUUUAGAGCCAAGUGGUUUUACAAAAGAACAAUUAGCUCAUAUAAUGGAUUUAAAAAAUAAUCAAAGAAAAAGAUUGAAAGAAUACUUGAAAUAUUCUAAAACUGCUAAAUAUUUUGAAAACCAAAAGCCUUGGGAUAUACCUUGUGAUAUUGUUUUUCCAUGCGCAACACAAAAUGAAAUAAGUGAGAAGGAUGCUGAAAAUUUAAUAAAAAAUAAAUGUCAAAUGGUUGUUGAAGGAGCAAAUAUGCCAACACAUAUAAAGGCCAUACAUAAAUUAAAACAAAAUAAAAUAAUUAUUUGUCCUUCAAAAGCUGCAAAUGCAGGUGGAGUAGCUGUUAGUGGGUUAGAAAUGAGUCAAAAUUCUAUGAGAUUACAAUGGACAUCUGAAGAAACUGAUAAAAAAUUACAAAAUAUCAUGAAAAGUAUAUAUGAUCAAUGUUAUAAUACAUCUAAAGAAUACUUGAAUGAACCAGAUUUAGUAGCAGGAGCUAAUAUUGCCGGAUUCUUAAAAGUUGCUGAUUCAUUCAUUGAGCAAGGAGGCUUAUAA